AUGCAGAAGAAGGCGAUGAGUCUCGACGAUUACUUGUCGCAGCAGUCAGGAACUCCAAAGAAGGCACAGCAGUCUCAGUUACAGCAGACGUACAGUGAACAGAGCUCAGCAAUGACCACACCACAGACGUCGACGCUCAACUCUCCAUCUCAAUCGACAACGUCCUUGACAUCUUUGAACCAAUCUAUCGAAAAGAUGCAGAUCUCGCCAAUCUCCAUCAACCUGAACAAGCUCAAGGAGGCAAAGUCCUUGGCCGAUGUCAAGGCCGAGGUCAACGGCAUCGUUGACAAGAUUGCCGAGGAAGGUAUUCAAUCCAUCACCGAGUGGAAAGUGGAUGAUGUUGCAUCCAAACUGAUCAAGCCAAAGAACCCAGCUUUUGUAAGAGAAGGCGCGCUUGUUCUUGUCUCUUCAAUCGCUAGAAAAUUUGCGGGCCAGCCUCCAAAGGAGGCCUAUUUCCUAGAGUUACUCUCUGUCGCACUCGAUGCCUUUGCCGAUAAGGACAAUAACGUGAAAAGAGCUGCCCAAGCUGCUGUUGAUGCUGUCUAUGGCUCGUACCCAGUGGAGGCUCUCACCGCGGUUGUACUUGUACACAUCCUCAAUUAUUUGAAAUCCUCAGCCAAAUGGCAGUCAAAGAUCGCUGCUUUGAAGAUCGUCGACAACAUCAUCGAGCAAUCACCAGCUGAUUUGGUGGAACUCAAGUUUAAGGAGUCUAUCCCAGUGCUUACGGAUAUGGCGGUGGACUUCAAGCCAGAAUUGGCAAAGGCUGGUAUGAAGACAAUGACCGCAUUCGUCAAAGUGUUGGAUAACUUGGAUCUUCAACCUCGUUAUGACAUGAUUGUUGCUACACUUGCGGACCCUAACAAGGUUCCAGAGUGUAUUAAGUCACUUUCCUCUGUCACCUUUGUUGCUGAAGUCACAGAACCAGCGUUGUCAUUAUUGGUUCCAAUCUUGGUCAAAUCUCUAAACUUUUCCGGUUCUACUCAAGAACAAUUACGUCAGUCUGUUAUCGUCGUAGAGAACUUGACAAGAUUGGUCAACAACAAGUUUGAAAUUGAGAGUUUCAUUCCGCUUUUGUUGCCAGGUGUUAAGAAAGUUGUUGAGAAUGCUGCUCUACCAGAGGUUAGAGAGCUUGCUGAAAAGGCUUUGCAAGUCUUGCUUGAUGACUCUGUUGAUGAUGGUAAGUUUGCAGGUAGAUUGUCCUUAGAAAAGGGUGAAGAGUUCUUGGAAAAAUCUAAGAUCAAUGAUGACGUCCUGUUUAACUACUUGGUUAAGGUCCUUAUUGCUGACGCCAACGUUAAUGAUUGGAAAAGAUUGACUGAAUACCUGGAGAUGGCCUUGCCACAAUUCUACUCUGGGGAAGAAGAGGCCAAGACCGUGACUCACGAUAUCAUCAACAAGCUCAGACACUUGUUCACUCCUGAUGCCGUUGAUGAAGAAGACAGUGAUGACAUUGUCAUUGUCAACUCUGACUUUUCCUUGGCUUAUGGUUCUCGUAUGUUGCUUAACAAGACCAACCUGAGACUUGUGAAAGGACAUAGAUACGGUCUAUGUGGACGUAAUGGUGCUGGUAAGUCGACAUUGAUGAGAGCCAUUGCCAAUGGUCAGUUGGAAGGAUUCCCAGACCAGUCAGAGGUUAAGACUUGUUUUGUUGAACACAAGAUUCAAGGUUCUGAAGCUGAUAUGGAUCUGGUCACAUUCAUUGGAUCCGAUCCAGAGCUGGCUCAUGUUUCUAAAGAAGACAUUGCAAAUGCUUUGGAAGAAGUUGGUUUCAACCAGGAGAGAAGAGAACAACACGUGGGCUCUCUUUCUGGUGGUUGGAAGAUGAAGCUGGAACUUGCCAGAGCUAUGUUGAUGAAAGCCGAUGUUCUUUUGCUUGAUGAGCCUACUAACCACUUGGAUGUUGCCAAUGUUAAGUGGCUUGAAGACUACUUAGUCACCCACACCGAUAUCACUUCUCUUAUCGUUUCGCACGACUCUGGAUUCUUGGAUACAGUCUGUACCGACAUUAUUCAUUACGAGAACAAGAAGCUCAUUUACUACAAGGGUAACCUUUCUGAAUUCGUUAAGGUUAAGCCAGAGGGUAAGUCUUACUACACAUUAACCGAUUCUAACGUGAAGAUGGCCUUCCCACCACCAGGUAUCUUGACUGGUGUCAAGUCCAAUACCAGAUCUGUUGCUAGAAUGUCCAAUGUGACCUUCACAUAUCCAGGUGCCUCGAAGCCUUCCUUAGCAAAUGUGUCUUGUUCUCUUUCCUUGAGUUCUAGAGUUGCUGUUCUUGGUCCAAAUGGUGCUGGUAAAUCUACUUUGAUCAAACUGUUGACCGGUGAACUUGUUCCACAAGAGGGUAGAGUUGAGAAGCAUCCUAACUUGCGUAUUGGUUACAUUGCACAACACGCUUUGCAACACGUUGAAUUGCACAAGGAGAAGACUGCCAACCAAUAUUUGCAAUGGAGAUAUAGAUUUGGUGACGAUCGUGAGGUGUUGUUGAAAGAAUCCAGAAAGAUUUCUGACGAGGAGAAGGCACAGAUGGAGAAGGAAAUCACCAUUGAUGAUGGAAGAGGUCCAAGACAAAUUGAGGCCAUUGUUGGUAGACAGAAGUUGAAAAAAUCCUUCCAAUAUGAGAUCAAAUGGAAAUGGUGGUUACCAAAGUACAACUCUUGGGUCUCUCGUGAAAUCCUUAUCGAGCAUGGGUUCGACAAGUUGGUUCAGAAGUUUGAUGACCAUGAGGCCUCUAGAGAAGGUUUGGGUUACAGAGAAUUGACACCAUCUGUGAUUCGUAAGCAUUUCGAAGAUGUCGGUCUGGAUGGUGACAUUGCCGACCACACACCAAUGGGAUCCCUUUCUGGUGGUCAGUUGGUUAAGGUUGUCAUUGCUGGUGCAAUGUGGAACAAUCCGCAUUUGCUUGUGCUUGACGAGCCUACCAAUUAUUUGGAUCGUGAUUCUCUUGGUGGUUUGGCUGUUGCUAUCCGUGAUUGGAGUGGUGGUGUUGUCAUGAUUUCCCACAACAGUGAAUUCGUCGGAGCCUUGUGUCCUGAACAAUGGAUUGUGGAGAACGGUACCAUGGUGUCCAAGGGACACGCUGCUGUUGACAAUGCCUCGUUCGAAGACGGUGGUGCCAAGGAGGGCUCUCCUUCGCCAGCUCCAAUUCCAAAGACUAAAGAGGAUGACGACUCACCAGCAAACAUCAAAGUUCGUAUCAGAAAGAAAAAAAUGACUAGAAACGAGAAGAAGGCCCAGGAGGAGAGAAGAAGACUGAGACACAUCGAAUGGUUGAGUAGUCCAAAGGGAACUCCAAAACCUGUGGAUACAGACGACGAGGACUAA